AUGUCAUCCACUACUACAACUACUAUUGCUAAAAAACUCUUCACUCCAUUGAAACUUGGAGGAUCAAAAAUUACUCUCUCUCAUCGUGUUGCUAUGGCUCCAUUGACUCGUUCAAGAGCUUUUGCUGGUGAUUGUGAAGUGCCAGAACUUGGCCAAUUGUAUUACAGUCAGAGAUCAACUGAAGGAGGUUUGAUUGUUAGUGAAGCAACACAAAUCAGUAGAGAAGGACAAGGUUAUCCAACAACACCUGGAAUUUACUCUGAUGCUCAAGUUGAAUCAUGGAAGAAGGUUUUGGAAAAAGUUCAUCAAAAAGGAGGAGCUAUGUUUUGUCAAUUGUGGCACGUUGGUAGAUUGCGUUGGGAAGGAGCUGUUUCUGCAUCUGAAACACCACUUCUUGAAACUAAAAUGACUGAUUUGGCCAAUUUGCAAUCUGGAAUUAAUAAUGUUCUUCCAAAACCACCUCGUGCCUUAACUCUUGAAGAAAUUAAAAGAGUUGUUGCUGAUUUCGGUAAAGGAGCCAAGAAUGCAAAGGCAGCCGGAUUUGAUGGUGUUGAACUUCAUGGUGCUAAUGGUUAUUUGAUUGACCAAUUUUUAAGAGAUGGUAUUAAUAAGAGAACUGAUGGAUAUGGUGGUUCAAUUAAAAACAGAUUGAGAUUCCUCCAAGAAGUUUUGGAAGAAACUGCUAAACACUUCGAUUCAGGAAGAAUUGGUGUGAGACUUUCACCUUAUUCCACACUUUAUGAAAUGAGUGAUUCCACUGGAAAGGAACUUUGGGAAGAAGCUGCCAAGCUUUUGAAUUCAUACGAUUUGGCUUACUUGCACGUCAUGGAACCAAAGGGUGCUGGUGAAGCAUUCGUUGCAGCAGAAUUGAGACCUCACUUUAAGAAUCCAAUUAUGGUUAAUACUGGUUUUGAUGCUGAAACUGGUGAAGCAAUUGUUCAAAAAGGUCAUGCUGAUUUGGUUUCAUUUGGAAGACCUUUCAUUGCUAAUCCUGAUUUAGUUUAUCGUAUGAAAAAUAAUUUACCAUUGAAUCAAGUUGAUUAUCAAACCUUGUAUUAUUCCCCUAAUGUUAGUGGAGGUUAUACUGAUUAUCCAACUUAUGAACAAACUCAAAAAUAA